ACACCACACACACUCGCGCCGGCAGUAAACAAGAGGCAGCGGUGAGCCACGUAACCCAGCCACCCGACACUCCCGCGCGCCUCCUACAGUGCCUCUCAGUGCCACGCCUCCCACCACCACCCAACCUUCCAUCGCGCAGUGCCGCCCCUUCCCACCCUUCCCCCUGCCCCCACUCCGGCCGUGCAGGUGGUGCCGCGUCACGCCCCCAUCGCUACCAUACAUAUACAUACAUCUAGACCUUGUUAGACCUAGAGAACCACACACGCACGGCACUGGUAGCCUAGUGAUGGUGGCCGCGGUGCCAGUCAAUGAAUGUUGCUUAGUGACACCGGAGGCGGCGGCGGCGGCGGCGGCGGCGUGCGCGUAAACAGUGUCGGCGCCUCAGUCCCGCUGCGGCCCGUGAGGUGACAGGGCACGCGGCGCUGGGUGAUGGUGUCUCGCGCCAAGCCUUCCGGUGGCACCAUGGCACUGCACUGCUCGCAGGCCAAACUGUGGGUCAAGACGCACUACGAGCGUCACCCUGAGGGCGUGGUGGCCAAGGCUGUUAUGUACAAGCACUACGAGGAUUACUGCCGCGAACAAGGACGCAACAUUAUGGAGACGAGUAUCUUCGGCCGCGUGGUCAAGUCUGUGUUCCCUGACGUGACCAUCCGCAGACUGGGCGGCAGAGACAACCUCAAGUACUACUACUGCGGCAUCCAAGCCAAGGAGAGCUCGCCCCACGCUGGGGACAACGCCACCACCACGCGUCCCAAGAGGCGCCUCAGGAAGAGGGAGCAGCCCACGGACAAGGGCGACGUGCACCGCUGCCUACUGUGGCUGCACAAGAAUUACCACCUGGUGCCAGACUCCUCAGUGGCCAAGGCCGAGGUGUACGACCGCUACGUGAGUGAGUGUGUGGCGGGCGUGGGCGACCCACUGUCCAUGCAGCACUUUACCAUGGUGCUGAGCCACGCCUUCCCACACGCCGCAGGUCGCAGACUUGGCCCGCGUGCAAACCAACACAAGUUUUACUUUGGCAUCCAGGAGCGCGCGGCGCCCCUGCCGUUAGACACCGUGCCCGGCGACCUGCAGGGCGCAGUGGAGCUCAUGUUCAGUAACGGCAGACUGUGCUACCACGAGGAGUUGCACCCUGACGACGACGACGAAGACGACGACGAUGACGAGGACGACUGUGGCUGUCGCAGCCCUGUGUCGGACACCUCGGAGGGGUCGUUACGAGAAACUAACACGCCACUCUCGGGGGCGCAGGCGCACCAGCACUACUUGAUGCAGCCGUACAUCAAGGAGGAGGAGCCCGUGGACUACAGCCUGCAGCACCUUAAGCUGAAGGACGAGCCCCUUGAGGACGACUACACCGUGAAGGAGGAGCCCCUCGACCUACACGUGCCGCGCGACGAAACCGAGAUGGACAUGUCGUUCGAGGGAUCGUCCCGGUACCACCAGCCCAACAUGGGGCCCUCCCAUGGGCCGGGCCUGGGCCACCACGCCGGGGGCCGCGACCCCAAGGCCAAGCCCAUCUACAAGCCACGCUUUCGCGCUAUCGUCGAGGGUUGGGUGAGCGAAGGCAAGGACGACCACGUCCCGGACAACUCGGUGCAAGAUGCGUGGGAGGUUCGACUGCGGGUGUGGCUAACGCAAGCGCUGCAGGAGUGCCCCGCCAUGUGCGUCAACAGGGACCAGCUGUACGCUCACUACGAGCAGGACUGUGACAUGGCAGAGGUGAUGGCACUGCCGCUCACCUUCUUUGACCAAACUGUGAUGAAAGUGUUCCGGGGCGUGGCCACCAUGAUGCAUUCCCCCGAGAAGACCUUCUACCGCGGCGUGAAGGUCGCGCCGCUCUCCCCCCUGGACGGUCAGCUGGAGGAGUUGGUGGACGACCACCCCCACCACGCCCAUGGCCUGCAAGGCAUCGAACAGUCUCCACCGCCCGCCAUGGCGCCUCUGCGCGUCUCUCCGCUGCUGGAGGACGAGCACUCCGAGGCGCCUUACGAACACUACGCAGAAGAGGAGGGCGGCGGCGGUGCGCGGGGCGGGGCUCGGGAGGGCCUGCGUGACGGCAAGUACUACCUCAGCAUGUGGCUCACGGACAACUUUGAGUCCGUACCCGACUCGUGCGUGCUCAAGGCGGAGGCAUACCACCACUACGAGCAGUACGCGCGCUCCAUCAAGCAGACGCCCUUCGAGAUGAACGUGUUCGGCAAGAUCGUGCGUCAGGUGUUCCCCAAGGUGAGCAUCCGGCGGCUGGGCGGGCGCGUCAAGCCACAGUACCACUACUGCGGCAUCGCGGUCAAGCCCAGCAGCGCCCUACACCAGUUCAUGGCCGGUAAAGACCCCGCCCAGCGCUCACGGAAGAAGGAGAUUGCCACGGACAACAAGAGCGCCGAGCUGGUGAUCGAGUGGCUGCGCUCCCAGUAUGAGGCAGGCUCAGGCAACGUCACCAUGAAGAGCGCUGUGUUCAGAGCCUACUGCGCCUACUGCAAGGCGGUGGGCGAGAGUCCCGUCACGCUCAACUACUUCGGCAAGCUGGUCAAGCAUUGCUUCCCCAACGUGGAGGUGCGCAAGUGUGGCGGCCGCUCAGAGCCCACCUGGUACUACUUCGGCCUGGUGCCCCUGGGGCCGCAGCCCCAGGACAUGGGGGGCGGCGACGGCGGCAUGAUGCAGGCACACUGCGGCGGCCUCAUGCACCGCGACGUGCCAGGCCACUCGUCCAGCCCCAUCCCCAUCUGCCUGGGCGGAGCGGCGGGAGGCCUCAUGCCCCAGCACCCCGGUCUACCCUCCCACUCCUAUGCCGGCUCCCCGGGCUCCCCAAUGAUGGACAGCCAGGACGACCCUCGCCGCCGCCUGCUGAGCCGCUCCCCCUACGAGCACGGCGACGUUCCCCCAGACUCCCUCUACUCCCGCUCCCCCGGGGACUCCUCAGCACAGUACUGCAGGUCGCCCCGUGAGGUGCUGCUACUGGGGGGCGGCGACAGUCCCCGCGGCCACUGUCACUCCCCGGCAGACACCAGCCUUGGCUUUCCGCACAGCCCUCUGGAGGCGGUGUUCCACGGGAUACGUGCCCCACAGGCGGGGGGCGGCGGGGGUCAGGUGGUGCCCCGCUUCCCCCAUCCGCACCUGCAGUACCCACCGCAGGGUGAUCCCGGGGGUAUGGGCACUCCCGGGGCCGGUGACCUGCACGCCCACAAGCGGCACAAAGCCUUCCCAGACCAGUGCGGCGCCUCGGAGAUCCACCUCGAGUGACGCGGCUUCGCCUGUGACGGUUCGACUGUGAUAUAUUGAAGCAGCAGCAGCAGCAGUAGCAGCAGCAGCAGCGUUCUGUUCCUCGGUGCCUACUCGACUCGUUCUGUGCCUGCAGCAGGAAGGUGGAAGGAAGGAAGCCUCGUGCUGAUAACGCUAACGCUAACAAUGAACACUCGUGACAGAACACUGGGCGCGCGGUGUGACGCUGGAACAAACACUGAACCUUGUGCAAAACAAACCAAUCUUCCAAUACAAACGGUUACCUUUGGUUAGCGUUCACGGUGCUCUCAUGUGUCAUGUGUCAUGUAGCUGACGGGUGCGCGCGCCCCCGUGCACACACACACACACACACACACACACACACACACACACACACACACACAGUGACGCAGUAUACAGUGCCCUUUCUCGGCGUGCGCGUGCGUCCGUACGUCACCAAGUGUAUGAAGAUAACCUUAUUUAAGAUACUUUUAAUUUGUAUCCAUUCUCACUCUCUCUCUCUCUCUCUCUCUCUCUCUCUCUCUCUCUCUCUCUCUCUCUCUCUCUCUCAACCAAUGAUGGUGGAGAAAGAUCUCUCCAGAAAGAGAGAGGGAGAAAGAGAUAGGAGAGAGAGAGAGAGAGAGAGAGAGAGAGAGAGAGAGAGAGAGUGUUCCUGGUGACACAGUGCUAGUGUAACACAAGCAGUGAUGCCAGCAAGGGACAGUGCCCCAGUACCCGACACAGCGCAGUGCAGUGUUCCCAGUAUUCCUCACCAUUGUUACCUCCCCCCGUGACUCCCACAACUCCAGUGCCGCGAGGAGUGCCAGUACGCCCCUUGAACGGUGGUUGCCCCAGUACAUCCUCAACAUCCCAGUGCAUCAAGGAGUCUCCCGGUACCCUCCAGUGCCAUCCCAGUGCCCGGAACAAUGCUCAGUGCCCCAGUGCCCAGUGCGAACCACCAGUACACACCCAGUGCCCAAAACAGUGUUCCCAGUACCCGAGCAGUGCCCCCGAGACAGCCAAAGACAGGGCCAUUACCGCUAACCCAGUAAGCAGUGAGCUGUGAAGCUCACCCAUGAUAACUCGGGACGAAAUUAAAACAAAAACUAGGGAAGAAAACUGAAAGUGUUACUGCAAUUUUUUAACACUGUGUAAUACUUAGAGAGAGAGAGAGAGAGAGAGAGAGAGAGAGAGAGAGAGAGAGAGAG